AUGCACCAACAGCAGCAACACCAGCAACAGCAGCAGCAACAGCACGCUGGCCGUCCGUCCGGCAAGCUGUCCAACGUUCCGCGCAAGCUGUGGAGGUCGCGGGCCAAGUCCCAGUCCAGGGUAUCCACGCUCAGCGUCUGCAGCUGGAGCCCCGAGGGCUGCUGCCGUUGGCGUUCCCGGACCGGAGGCCGGCUGACGCUGCGGCCGACGACGCUCGUGGCGCUCACCGAGACGGAAGCCAUGGGUUUCCGGCCACUGGCUGUAAAUAGGCUCCAAAGCAUCGGCAUCGGCUGCAAGGUAGACAUACCCAGAGAGGACAGCACGGAGGCCUCGGCGAAACUGCGAAGACGGCCCGCCCUACUUCGCAAGAAGGCCAUUACCACGAGCUUUUUCGAAAGUCGCAAGGAAAGUGCAGACAUUCCGUGUGGCCAGGUGUUCGGCGUGGGACUGCAGCAGGUGGUGCAGAGCGACCGGCAGCGGUUCCCGGACUCGACGCUGGCCCAGCCGGCUCCCUGGUCGCCCUGGGACCUGGGCCCGGACGUGGCCGCGGCGGACGCCCUGUCUCGACGCUCGGACAACGCCAGCGAGAGCUCCCUGUCCUCGCUCGCCGACUUCUCCAGCCGAAAACUCCAGAAAGGUACGGAUUCGGUGGAGUCUCUACGGCAUCGCAGCUCGACCACGGAUCCUGGCGACGACGACUGCCUCACCGUUCACGGACCUCAGGUUCCACGCGUCGUCAACUGCUGCCUACGCUACCUCGAAGAUCACGGUCUCAACACCGUGGGCAUAUUUAGGGUCAGCGGCUCAAAGCGGAGAGUUCGCCAGUUGCGCGAGGAGUUCGACAGCGGCCGCGAGGUGCACCUCGACCAGGAGAGACCUCAGCCGCACGACGUGGCGCAGCUGCUCAAAGAGUAUCUGCGCGACUUGCCUCAGCCACUUCUCACCAGAGACCUGUACCAGCCUUUUCUGUACACCCAGCGUGUUCGCGAGAGAAGCAAGCAACUGGACAUCCUGCGGCAGCUGGUGCGGCUCCUGCCCACGCACAGCAGAGACACCCUGUGGGCCCUGCUCAAGUUCCUAAACACCGUAGCCGAGAACUCGGUCGACAAGAAGUCUUCCACGGGACAGCCCCUUCCGGGAAACAAGAUGGACGCCCACAACCUGGCCACCAUGCUGGGACCGAACAUCUUGCGCUUCAGCAAGACUUCCGAGAAGGACAAGUUCAUCGUGGAGAACCUGGAGAGGGCCGAGGAGCGCUGCGAGGUCAUCCUUGUGGUGCGGCAGCUGAUCGAAAACUACGAGGAGCUAUUUCGGGUCUCGGCUGAGGACUUGGACAGUCUUUACAAAAGGCUUCUCGUCGAGAGCCCCGAGGACCUCGAAAUCCUCCUCAGGAGGCGCUUCUACAGCGCACCUGGAUCUCAAGACGACGACGGCAGCGACCAAGUGUUCGACGGCGCCAACGCGGAGGACGACGAAGAAGAGGCGGAAGAGCAACUUCGGACGGUGCUCAUGCGACCCGUCACGACGGUAGCGACGCAUCGCGGCAGGGAACGGCGCUCGACCGCGUCGUCCCAGCAGCAGGACGACCCAGUGCCUUACAUACUAAUCACGCCCGAGGCUCGUGGCGCUAGCGAGCGGCGUCACGCUCCCGCGACGUCAAAAGGCCGCAGAGCAGAUGGCGACGACGACGACGACGGCAACGUCGACGUCGAAGUGUCCUUCACACUGAAGAUGCCCUCGGCUCCCAACGUGCCGGCCUACCUGACCGAAGCCACGUCGGAGUCCUCGACCGUGGCGAGGCCCUUGAGAAAGCCGACGCGGGAAUCGUCACCUCCGUCGUCCGCGACGACGGAGGAGGAAGUGACCAUCACCAUCGAGGCAGCGCCGGCGGCUCGCAAGUCCAAGGGCUCGUCGCGUCGCUUCUUGAGCAGCAAGGAGAAGGAGGAAAAGGCCUUCAAGAUAAACAAGAGCAAGUCGGCGUCCUCCAUACUGAGCUUCUUCGGCGGCUCGUCGGAGUCACGGCGCGACUCGGCCGACGCGUCUUCUCAGCCGCGCCCCGUGCCGCGCAGGGACAGUCGCGAGGUGCGCUUCCAGACCGAGAAGUGGCGACGCUGCGAGAUCAUCUCUUCCGAGCACACGGACAAGCGGCACAAGUGACGGACGCCGCAUCUUUUCGUCACUCAGCCGCGCGUGGGACCUCAGUCUGUCGUUUUAUUUUUUUUAUUUAUCACUCUGCAAAGAAAAUGACUGUGGCAUUUCUUUCGUCUCUGUUUGCGGCGUGGUGUUGGGGGGAGCUAUAAAACACGCUUGCAAGCGGGAA